CCCGCAAGCGUGUUGCGUUUUUUUCUCCGCUUUGCAACUGGAAAUGAAUUUUAUCUAUCUUCCUUGUGCGACGCCAUUACUGUGUGUGUAAACCAAACCGACAAAAUGGCGAAAUUUACGAAUAUUUUUGGCAACUCAUCUUCUGGCUCGUGUGGAAAUGAUUGAAAAUUUAUUGGCACGUAAUGGCGGAUGAGCCGGAGAUAAAUGAACAGUCACUUAGGUGGUGAACGCAAGCGAAAUCCGAUGCACAUUUUUCUUCUGUUUGGAGAUAAUGGGCCCCAAUGAAUUAAGUAAAUCUCGUGUAAUGCCGAUUCGCCGAGCGCCAGCGACUGCGACCCAGGAGAAGGCCCCCCCCUCCGCCGCUGCAGAGAAAGAGCCUGAAGCAUCCUCAGAGGAGUCCCCCUCUGCCGACGAGGAGCCGGCGGCAUCCUCGGCCGCCACUGCAGACGUCGAGGAAGCCAAGAGUGCAGCCGAGACGGAGCCCACAGAGAAUGGAGAGAAGGCAGACGAAGAAGAAGCGGUGGCAGAGAAAGAAGGCGAAGCGAGCGAGAAGAAAGAUGACAAAUGCAAGGACUGCGCGGCUGGACAGUGUGCAACACACUGCUAUGUUCUCCUACUAAGGCUGAAGGAUGGCUACAAGUACGAGAAGUCCAAAACCAAAAGGGUGAAACGGACGAUUCCUGCGUGGGCUAGUGUCACCGGCAGCAAAAAGGUUCCCGUUACCAACUUUGCAGGAACUCAGCACAAAGUGGAUAAUAUCCUCAUCGAAGCCAUUACGGCUUGUAACGACAGGUCUGGGGUUUCGUACCAGUCUGUCAUGAAAUAUAUCCUUAAAAAAUACCCCGAGAUGGAGCUCGACAGGAAGAAGUUUCUCAUCAAGAAAGCCAUGAAGAAACAUCUGGACAAGGGGACCAUCAAACAGCUGAAGGGUAAAGGCCUUUCGGGAACCUUUGCCAUUGGGAAGCAGACGGCCUCAUCAAAGAAAGCAGCACAGAAGCUGGAGCCUCUGGGAGACGCUCUUCCUCUCAUCAUCACUCGGCUCUGUGAGCCCAAAGAGGCCUCCUACAACCUGAUCAAGAAAUACCUGGAGCAGCACUUCCCCAGCCUCAACAUCGAGAACAGGCCAGACGUCUUGAAAGCAGCUCUGGUGAAGGCAGUAGAGAAAGGACACCUGGAGCAGAUCACUGGGACCGGAGCCAGAGGGACUUUCCAGCUCAAGCGUACUGGUAACCAGGUGCUGCUGAAGGGUGGAGCCGUGGAGGACGCCAUCACAGCCGCCAUCACAGCCAUGAACGAACCUAAAACCUGCAGCACCACCACCCUCAAAAGAUAUCUAGUAGACUCCAAUAAAGACAGAAAGGAGUAUCAGUUAGUAAGGAAUCUGAGGAACACUCUGUCGAAGUGUAAAGUACUCGGCUGGAUGGAGCAGAUCACCGGUCACGGCUUCACAGGGACCUACAGGCUCUCGUUCCCUUUCUACCCCAGCCCCACCAUCCUGUACCCGGAAAAGUUCAACGAGCCGACCAAGAAAAACUCUACACCUGCGCCCAAGCGGAGGCGUAUGGCUGACUCCUCUGACGAGGAAGAGUCAGAAGAAGAAGAGUCAGAAGAAGAGUCUGAGGACGAAGCUCCAGCCCCCAAGAGGAAAGCUCAGAAGAGGCCUCCCCCCAAAGCUCGCCGUCCUCCACCAGCCAAGAAAUCUCCGAGUGCUAGUCAGUCAAAAGCUAAAGGCAGAGGACGCCCCAUCGCAAAGAAGUCUCCCGCCAAGAAAGUGGUGUCAUCAGGCAAGAAAAGGGGCAGACUGUCAGCAGCAGCUAAGAAGGAAACCACAACGCCAUCUAAAGCCACGCCUGUGAAGAGAGGAUCUCCAGCAAAAAAGCCUAAAACACCGGCCGUCAAAAAGCUGACCAAAAGGGGCUCGACGCGACGUUCUUACAGAGAGUCAUCUCCUGAAGAGGAUGACGUCCCAAAGGAGACGACAAAGAGCCGGUCUAGGCGAUUUAAGCCUGACGAGUCGCCCAAGGAGGAGCCUGCAGCUAAAAAGCCAGCGACCAAAGGGGCAUCAAGGCGGAGCGAGCCUGAAGAGUCUUCCCCUAAAAAGCCCGCAGUGAAAAGGGGAGCGAAAGGCAGGAAGCAGACGGGUCGCAAGACCAAGAGAGGGAAAUAAUGAGCCCAGGAGCGCCUUCCACGAACUGGGCCACUUUGUUUCAGUGCUCUCUCUCUCUCUCUCUUUUUAUCAUUUUCUCCCUUUUUAACAGGGCAGUAGUUUUUUUUAUUUCUAUUGUAGAAUAAGAAUGUUAUCCUCCCAGUUGAGUUUACUGUACAUUGAGGGGUUCUGAAUUUCCUUUUUAAUCACCGUGUGUAGAAAAGCUCAAGUUAGUGUUGCCGUAAAAACAGCUGCCAGGUAAGGGAAAGCAUAGUAUAAUCUGACAAACUGUAACUAGAGCCAUGUAGUGACCUCUGUUUUAAUAUGAUAUUUUUCCUCAUCUCCACUUCAGGUGCUCAAAGCACAUGUUCCUUAUCCACAAGAGAAGUGCCAGUGUUUUGGACAAUUGUAAUGAAGUAAAAAAAAAUAAUGGUUGAAAAGAUAAACAUGUUUUACUAAUUAAAUAAGAUUUUAUGAAAACUCAAUCCUAAGGUUGUUCUGUGUUAUGACAUUUAAACAUGUCGGCCUUCGAGCUCUAUCAGAAUCUCCACUUUUAGUCAAACGUUUGACAAACAACACUAAAAUGUUUCUUUUGAACUAAAAGACUUGCGGUAACAAAAGCUUCAUCCUCUGUUAGAUCCUCAACCUGACAGUAUUCAUUCAUGAAAUGGUCACAUUUGGGGACAAGUGUCUUUUUUUUUUUAAUGUUUGUGUAAACAGGCAUUUACACACAUGGAUUUUAUUGCUUCACAGCUGUAAUUCAGUACCAAACUGUAAGACGUGUGUUGUUAAAAAGAAAAAGGUUCUAGCUCAUACAUACCCUGCAUGCAUGUACUCCUUGUGUUGUUAAGCUUUUUUUCCAAGUCAUUAAUAAAAUGGCUAUAUUUGUAA